CCGGGAAAACUUCCGGCAUUUCCGACCCGGGUUGCCUCUUGGUUUGACUUGACUGCGUGGUUAGAGUUGUAUGCUUGAGCAGUGUCCGCCACUGCGGAUGGCGAGGGAUCUGAUCGGGCCGGCGCUGCCCCCCGGCUUCAAGGCCCGCGGGACAGCCGAGGACGAGGAGCGAGACCCCAGCCCUGUUGCAGGACCAGCUCUGCCCCCUAAUUAUAAAAGCAGUAGCUCGGAGUCCUCAGACAGUGAUGAAGACAGUAGUUCGUUGUAUGAAGAAAAUCAAGAAUCUGAAGAUGAUGACAGUGGUCCAGUGGCAAGAAAACAGAGGAGAAAUCAAGAUGACGACGACGAUGAUGAUGAAGGGUUUUUUGGACCAGCUCUUCCUCCUGGAUUUAAAAAGCAGGAUGAUUCUCCUCCAAGGCCUAUAAUAGGUCCUGCACUACCACCUGGUUUUAUUAAAUCUACUCAGAAAAGUGACAAAGGCAGAGAUGAUCCAGGACAACAAGUAUCAUCAUAUUUCAACUCUGAGGAAACAGAUAGCAGUGAAGAUGAGGACAUUGUUGGACCAAUGCCUGCCAAAGGACCAGUUAACUAUAGCGUCACAACAGAGUUUGAAAAAAGGGCCCAGCGAAUGAAAGAGAAACUGACCAAAGGAGACAAUGAUUCAUCGAAACCAAUGACAAGAGAGUCAUGGAUGACUGAGCUUCCUCCAGAAAUGAAAGACUUUGGUCUUGGGCCCAGAACUUUUAAGAGAAGGGCUGAUGACAAAUCUGGAGAUCGAUCAGUCUGGACAGACACUCCAGCAGACAGGGAGAAGAAAGCCAAGGAAACUCAAGAAGCAAGGAAAUCAUUUAAUAAGAAGGAUGAAGAACAUACAUUGUCAGGAAGGGAGAAGAGAUUGGCUGAGCAGGUAUCCUCAUACAAUGAAUCAAAAAGAUCAGAAUCUCUUAUGGACAUUCAUCAUAAAAAAUUGAAGAAUAAAGCUGCUGAAGAAAAAAAUAAGCCCCAAGAAAGAAUACCAUUUGACCGUGAUAAAGAUCUCAAGGCUAAUCGGUUUGAUGAAGCUCAGAAAAAAGCUCUGAUAAAGAAAUCUAGAGAACUAAACACCAGAUUUUCACAUGGCAAAGGCAGUAUGUUUUUAUAAGGGGAUUUCCCUGUGCAGUGAAGAAAAGUUGAAGAAUACGCUUUUAUCUGUCUGUCCACCUUUAUCCCUUUGUUUUGAGUUUCUUGAGAUUAGAGAUGACUUCAGUCUUAAAAACCAUACAAACUUACCUUGUGUGUAUAUCCUGUAACUUCUGUGGAAACCUAGUCAGUAUUUCUUAUGUGGAAUAGAAUUUUAUGUGUCUUUGGCUUCUGAGGAUGUGUGGGCUUUUCUUCAAAUAAUUAUUUUGAGGCUCUCCCAUCCGUUCCCUAAUUUUUGUGGUGUCUCACAAGUAUCCUGUAAGAUCUUGGUCAGGACUAUCCACCAAAUCCCCACCAAAGCUCAGACCUCCUCAUCAAAUGUUACUCACCUGCCCCUGGAGUAAAUGUGCCGGGUCCUUGCAGUAAAUCCAUGAAUUUGAAAUUGUUUGGGUUUUCCCUGUAAACCGUGAAUACACAUUUACAAAUAGAGGGCUCAGAGGUUUCAUCUGUUUUGUUCACAUUUGCUUGUUUGGGCAAUCAGGGCUUUUUAUUUG